GCAACGUCUUCCUCUACCACAACCACCCUCCAUGUCUGCAGUAGGGUUUUUAUUGCUGGGCUUUCUGGUGACAGUGGUAGCAUGGGUGUCGCGGCGAAUUGUGCGAUUGCGCCGCAUUGCGUCUGCUCUCGACAACAUCCCAGGCCCUGCGUCUAGCUCUUUUCUACAAGGCAAUAUGGCCGACUACUUUGGGCGACAAGGGUGGAAGUUCACAGAGCAUGUAGCCCAGGACUAUGGCGGCAUAGUCAAAAUGCAUGCACUUUGUGGCGAACGUAUGCUCUGCGUCCAAGAUCCUAAAGCCUUGUACACCGUCUUGAUCAAAGAGGCGAGUGUCUUCGAAGAAUCGGAUGCAUUCCUCAGCACCAACCAGAACAUAUACGGCCCAGGUUUGCUCGCAUCUAUGGGCGAACAGCACAGGAAGCAGAGGAAGAUGCUCAACCCCGUCUUCUCCGCUGCUCAUAUGCGCCAUCUGCUGCCGACAUUCUACCGGAUUACUGGCAAGCUUCGUGAUGCAAUCAGCUCCCAAGUAUGGGAGGGCCCCCAAGAAGUGGACAUGAUGUCAUGGAUGGGCCGUAUCGCGCUCGAAUGCAUCGGCCAGGGCGGUCUGGGAUAUUCCUUCGACCCUCUCGUGGGCGGCAAAAUGACUGACGAAUAUGGCAACGCACUGAAGAGGCUAUUCCCCACCCUGCAGGAGGUGAACCUCUGGCGCGAACUCUUGCCGUACGUAGACUGGAUAGGAACCCCCUCGUUCCGGCGGAUGGCGCUGGAUCUGUUCCCGGUCGAAGCAAUACAUAAACUGAAGGGGAUUAUCGAUUUAAUGUCCAUGAAGUCGACUGCACUAUUCCACGCCAAGCGGGGGGCGCUGAAAAUAGGCGACGAAUUCGUCGUGCGCCAAGUCGGCGAAGGGAAGGACAUCAUGAGUAUCCUGAUUAAGGCCAACAUGAUGGCAGACGACGCCGACAAGCUCCCAGACGAUCAGCUUAUUGCGCAGAUGUCAACGUUUUUGCUUGCUGCCACCGACACUACCUCAAAUGCCCUUGCACGCAUCUUGCACAAUCUCGCACAGUAUCCCGAAGUGCAGGGAAAACUGCGCGCCGAAGUGACCGAUGCGUUCAAAGAAGGAGACCUACCGUACGACAAACUGAUCCAGUUGCCAUAUCUUGACGCAGUAUGUCGAGAGACCCUCAGACUCUAUCCUCCGGUCACAUUCUCGACACGCGUCCCCAGGGAGGAUUCCGUCCUUCCUCUGUCCAAACCCAUGAUCGGCGUGGACGGCAGCGUUAUGUCCGAAGUCCCCGUGCCAGAGGGCACAUUAAUUGUUCUUGGCGUGCUUGGCGCGAACACGAAUAAGGCAAGAUGGGGCGCGGACGCUCUGGAAUGGAAGCCAGAGCGCUGGUUGUCUCCGCUGCCUAGUACGUUGACGGAGGCUGCUACACCCGGGGUGUUCUCGCAUAUUAUGACCUUCCUGGGCGGUAAACGCGCGUGCAUCGGAUUCAAAUUCUCGGAACUGGAGAUGAAGGUCGUGCUAUCGACAUUGAUAUCCACUUUUACCUUCGAGUUGACGGACAAAGAGAUCUCCUGGAAUCAGUCUCCUGUCCACUAUCCUUCUGUUGGGACUGACGCCACGGAGCCCUGCAUGCCUCUUAAGGUUGGGCUUGUCAAUCGGGUUUGACUUCGUUGUUUUUGACUCCUGGCAGCCGCGGGUUUUACGCUCUCUCUCUUUCUCUCCGCUCUUCGAUUUUCAUCCUUUAUACCGGCUAUUUUCAUCUUUGUCACCCACACAACUAGCCCUAUAUCCCUUCAUAUACCAUCGCGAAUUCGAACAAAUUGACUACAUCGGCUUGGAAA